AUGCCGGCUAAACAAACUCAAAUCAUGUCUUUUUUUCAAAAUAAAAAACGAAAGAUCAAUAAUAGUUUUGAUGGAAAUUCUCUUCCAGUUGAUACAUCAUCAACUAUAUCAAAUGAACCUCAAGAAGAAUUGGAAUUGUGUGAAGAAAUUCCAUCAUUUGAACCACCAACAAUUUCAGCACCAGUUUCACCAACAGCAGCUCCUUCAAGAACAACUUCAUCAACAACAGUUUUAUCCGCACCAUCUUCACCAACAACAAUUUUAUCAAGACUAACUUUAUCAACAUCACCUCCAUCAAUACCAACUUCAACAAAAAUCGCUUCAUCAGCACCAACUUCACCAAUACAAAAAUUAAAAUGUGAACUUGCAUGUUGUACAUCUGAAUAUCCAUUUGUUCCUGAAGAUCAAUCUGAUCUUGAGUCAACCGGUCGUAAACGAAUUUGUCAACUAGGAUGGUUUACGAAAUUCAAAUGGUUAUCGUACUGUAAAAGUAAGAAAAAAGUGUAUUGUUAUUUCUGUCGUUAUGCCUAUUUUGGUGGUUUUCAUCCGGAAAUAAAUAAAAUUGGAGAAACAUCAUUGACUUUUGCAGGUUAUGAAGAUUGGAAAAAUGCAUUAGCUCGUUUCGUUAAGCAUGAAUCUGGUAAAAUACAUAGUGACUGUGUCUAUCUAGUAAAACAACAACAAAAACCAACAGUUGCUGCUCGUUUAAGUUUGGCACAUGAAAAACAACAAGCAGAACGACGUAAAAUGUUUUUAGUGCAAGUUGAACGUGUAAAGUAUUUGUCAAGACAAGGUUUAGCUAUUCGAGGUCACGUAGAAAACGAAGGAAAUGUGAUACAAUUAUUGAAACUUCGUGAAGCUGAUGUACAUGGUCUUGAUUCAUGGGUUGAGGAUGGAAAUUAUUUAUCACACGAUAUUAUAAAUGAGAUUUGUCAAAUUAUAUCAUUAACAAUUAUUCAUGAAAUAAUCAAAGAAAUUUCUGAGCGAAAAUUCUAUAGUAUCAUAUGUGAUGCAACCAGUGAUGAAUCUGAUAUUGAACAAUUAUGUUUCACCAUCAGAUCAGUUGAUAAAGACUUUAUUGUGCAUGAAGAUGUGCUCGGAUUAUAUGCUAUAACGUCGGAAACAGCAGAACAUAUUACUGGAGUUAUUCUCGAUAUUUUAAUUAGAUGUACCUUAAAUUUAAAAUAUUGCAGAGGUCAAGCUUAUGAUGGAGCACCAGCAACGGCUGGCCAUAUAUCCGGUGUAUCUACAAGAAUAAAAAGUUUAUGCAGUAAAGCGUUUUUCGUUCAUUGCAACGCACAUUCUUUAGAUCUUGUUUUACAAGAUCUAAGUCGUGGCUCAUUUGCUAUUUCUGAUGCUUUAGAUAUGACAAAAGAUAUUGUUAACUUUAUCAAGGAAUCUCCUAAGAGAUUAAAUUUAUUAGAUGUUAUAAGUGGUUCAGAUCAUUAUUAUAAACUGAAGCCACUUUGUCCAACUCGAUGGACCGUGCGUGCAUCGUCCAUGAAUUUAUUGAUUAUUAAUUAUUCACUGGUAAAAACGACAUUAGGUGCAAUAAGUGAAGAAGGUGGACGUCCAGCAGCAAAAGCCAAUGGUUGGCAGGAAAAAAUGGAAAAAUUUUCAUCUUAUUUUGGACUUAAACUAGCACAUUUAAUAUUUUCUGCUACUGAAACAGUAUCAUGUAGUUUACAACGUGUAGAUAAUAAUGUACAGGAUAUUCUAUGUGCAAUUGAUACAUUAAUUAAUUACUUAACGAGAAUCAAAACUGAUGAUUAUUUUAAAACAUUCUAUGAAGGUAUACGUGAUGAUGCUAAAUCAUUAACUGAUGAACCAAUUUUACUACGUAUUCGUAAACCACCUUCAAGAUUUGAUUUUUUGUCAUCAGCAACACAUUAUGAAAAUGUUUAUGAAUCUUAUCGUCACCAAUAUUUUGAUAUUAUCAAUAAAAUUUUAAAUUUUCUAGAUUUACGUUUUAAUCAAUCGGUAUUUCCGUUAUUGUGUAAAGUUGAAAAAUUAUUAUUAUUAGCAGCUAAUGGUAUGAAAGAUGAUGAUAUAAUAUGUCUGAAUGAUAUUAAUGAAUUUUUAAUCGAUGAUAUCAAUGUUGAACGAUUACAACAUGAAUUACCAAUGUUGUCUGAUUAUUUUUCAAGAAUUAAUAAUGAAAAAAAUUUAGGUAUAAAACAAAUUACAAAAAUUAGUACCAUCUGUCAAUUAUUAAAUACAUAUCAAGUUGGAAAAACUAUGUUUCAUGAAUACAAUAAAUUGUUGUUGCUAUAUUUGACAAUUCCAAUGACUACGGCGACUGCCGAGAGAUCCUUUAGUGCUCUUAAUCGAAUAAAAACAUAUUUGCUUUGUACAAUGACUCAGCGUCGUUUAAACCAUGUUAUUAUUCCUCACAUACAUAAGGAAAAAUUAGAUCAACUUGAUUUGAACAAAAUCUGCUCAGAUUUUAUGUCAAAAAAUGAAAGUCGAAAGGCCUUCUUCGGUCAUGAAUAG